AUGACUUGGGCACCAACAGAGUCGUUCCUCAAGGGGAAAAUCGUGAGACCCUUUUUGCCGAAUGAAAAGCAUCCGCAGUUGAAGAAUCCCAAUUUUAAAAACUUGUAUCCGGGCGACCAAGUUUUCAUUUUUGAAGUCAAGGAUGAUAAAUGGGCCCGAGGCUACGCGUCAUCUCGACCUAUGCCCAAUGAUUUCGUCGCCACUUCCUACAACUUGAACGACUUGCCAACUCAGAAAAACGAUGUCGUCGUUUUCCCCUUGAGCUACGUCAAAGUUGAAGCAGAAUUGCCGUUUCCUGAGUUUAAAAUCAACGAGGAGUUCAACAACGUCGCUAAUGUGACUGCGCUCCCUACGAUUCAUGACUCCGAAAGAGACCAUAGGGAAGCUGUUGACGGUGCUGAAAAGCAGGUUGACAACAGACAAGCGUACCCUCCCUACCCCGAGAAUAGCGUUCACGAGGAGGGAAACAUUUGUGACGAAAUCAAGUACACUUUGGCUCUUUUAACAUCUCACAUCUUUGCAUUGUACACCAUGGGGGAGUUUAAGCUAUUUGAAAAGUUGGUGGCUACUUAUAACGCCUUGAAUGAGACUAGAGUCAAGUUGAUGUUUGACUUGUUAACCGAAGAGGAGGACAAAGUGGCUCGAGAAACAGCCAUCUCUUUGCUCAACGAGAUCUCAAAGAAAUUGGCGUCAAAAGUCUCGAGGUUGAACCAGAAAUCGUAUGAUUUGGAUAACGAGCAUACUGACAUAUACGGGUUCAAGGCAAUUUUGGCGCGUGAUGCUUCCACUGGCGAAGUGCUUGACUUGAAGAAUUCUACGCCGGCGAGAAUUGCCCUCAAUAGUGAGCUUGGAGCGUUUAUGACUGGCUACCCAGUGCAUGCUCACAACCAUACCCAGGAUUACAGUUUGACUCCACCACCAAACAAGAAUUUGAAUGGCGAACCGCCGUCGCACAUUUUAGUCGAUUUCAAGUCAGUAUCAGGCUCCUCAGCUUAUCAACCACCUGGAUUUGCAAGCACAACUGCGUACUUGUAUCUCCGUAACAAUGACAAGAGGUUGACCGAGGCCUUUGCUGUUCAUACGCAAUCUGUAGACGAGUUGACCAAUAUCGAAAAGAUUAGCGCCGCGUUGUUCAAGAAUCUCCCUUCCAGCGAAAUCAUCAACAACAAAGUGUUUCUUGUUGCCGUGCUUACAGAGGAAAUCAACUUGAACAAUUUGAAAUCAAACUCACAGCUCCCACAAAUCAAGCGAGUGAAAAAGGGUGUUGCUGCUGGUGUUGCUGAUAUCACCAGAAUAUUUUCGUACAAUGAAGGGUCCUUGAUCUCGGGCGAGCCGCACCAGUUUUCGAUUAGACUAUUUGGUUCGUAUGUAAACAGGAAAGCUACAAAGUUGGGCGAAACUCCACAAGUUGACAAUAUCAAUAACAGCAAUAAUGGGUGGGGUGAGCUUGUCGAUAGGAUCAUUGCCGGUUCAGGGCACGGUAUCGCAGUUAACCCUAGAGCUGAAAGGUUGACUGUGACCGUUAAGGAAUUCAAGCACCAGUUCAACGCAAACUUGUCUACCCAGAUUUCGACCUCGGCUCCCAUUUCACGAAUUAAGCCAAUCUUUUUUGACCCGUUGGCGGAAAAUUACGAAAGAAUUUACCUCAAGAUGGGUAAGGUUUCCUUACUCCACAAUAGUUUGAAAAAUGAAUUGUUAACUGUGGAAGUCAGCACACCAAAUAACGAUCUUGUUACUUUUGCCAAGGCCUCGAACCAGCAAGAAAAAAAAUACUGGCAAUUCAUUUCCAUUUUCCCAGGCGAGUCGAUUGGGGAAAUCGUUAAAGUCAAUGGCGUCGCGUUGAAAAACUCGGCAAAGAAGGUGGCUAAGGAUGACCACAUUGUAUUGACAUUAUACCUGAACGGUAUCUUGGCGGGCGAGGGAAAGCUUUUGUACAAGUCCGGGAACAGAUUGGUUGAAUUCAACAAGAAAAAGACACACACCGUUGAAAUCAUGUCAAUUGCCCAUGACGUUCCCAUGGCGCAUAUCGAAUUGAGCACUCAAUAUAUCGGCAAGAUCUACAACUCGGAUGUUUCCAUUGACAGCAUUUUCCAGUACGAGACUUUUCUUAAACAAGGUUUGUCGGGAAUCGAUGAACUCUCAAACGCAUGUGAGAAUUUUUGCAAAGUGGGAAUUGCCCAGUUGGUCAAGUAUUUCCCCGAGCUACUCACCUCGUUGUAUGGGAUCGUGGACAUUACAUGUCAUCUAACUGGACCAAACAUUGAAAGGUUGGAGGACAAUAUCUUCAAGUCCAUCAUUCAUUUGCUAGACACUUUAUUUGGGAAACAGGACCAGUACAUUUACCUUCUUGAUGACUUUGCGUCCAAGCACAAGCGCCUGGAUAACAUCGGCAAGUUUUUGUUGAAGGAAUUGGCAGAUUUGUUCCGUAACUGCAGGUCCAGCUGGACCGCAAUCGCGAGAUCUGCGUGCCGGGUGAUGUUCAUAUUGAUGAGAUUGGCUGUAAACACUUUUGAUCAAAAAAUCAACAAUGAAGACUAUCUCGACGCGUUGCAUGCUUUGUUCCAUUCAAUCACGAUUUUUUUGGCCGUUGACCUGCCAGGUUUGAUCAACGAGCAGAUUUUGAUGUUGGAAAUCGUUGAUUGUUUUGUGCUCUUUAGAGCCAAUGUCGAGGACUUGCAGCUUCUUCAACUCAUGAUUAGCUAUGUUGACGCCGUCGGCCUAAGAGGGCUUGGCGCCGAUGAGUUGACGCAAGACGCAGGGAGAAAGAGAGUGAAUAAGGAGCACGAGCUUGUUUUAAAGAAGUUGUCGUUUAUAUUGAGGCUAUUUGGUACGCCGUUGGCAAAGAAUGAGGUGACCAGACGUGUCUUGAUUGCCAAAGCUGUAGAGUGGGUCAUGGAGGUAUUUUUGGGUCCCACUGAUAUCGACGCCACUAGGCUAGGAUGCUCCAUUCUCAACACCAUCUGUACAAUCAUGUGGGAAGAGUUUAUUCCUUCCGCCGGCAAUCCUCAUUAUUCGCAACAAGACUUGGAGUUGUGUUUCUCCUUGGCCAAGUUUCUACCUGCAAUCGCCAGGACUUUUAUCAAGUACAACAAGUUCACCAGAGGCAACGGAUACUUUAAAUCCAGGAGAAGCUUUACCCGCCUAUUCCCCCUGCUGUUCCCGUUUACAACACUUUCAGUUGACAUAAUAGUCAAUGAUGAUGUAUUGGUUGAAGUGUUGGCUGAGCUUGCCACCGCGUUUUCGUUUGUUGCAAAGAUUGGAAACAAGUGUGUCGCCAGCGCUGGAAUAGGUGGAGGACUUGAGAGCAUUUUAGAAAUGAGGCUUACCAAUGAUUUCUUUGAUGCCGCGAAAUAUACAGCUGCAAACUUUGGCAGCGAGGACAUCUUAACCGUUAUUUCAGGAAUCAGGUAUCUCAGGUUGGGCAGAUAUUUCCCCGAGGACAAGUGGUUAUCUUUGUACGCCACCAUCAUUGAAGGUUGCAUGUGCGCCUUGGAGUUGAUUCGAGGAUUGAUUAUAUCUUACCUGCUUCCGCCCUUACAAGAGUCCGACUCGUUCGAUAGGGUCUUGUGGGGAAACUAUUUGAAAACCGUUUUAAGAUUGGCCGUUUUGUCCCCUGUUGCCGUUGAGCAUUUGUCCGAAGUCCCCAAAAGAGCUUGCGCAGCGAUAGCAAAAGAUAUAAGAGACCGGGCGGCACAUCUCGUCAACGAGGCCUGGGACGCGUUAGCAUGGGACGCCACCGAAGAUGAUGUUAUCAGGUUCAAUCUCAGCAAAUUUGGUGGAUACCAGGUUGAGUUUAUCAACGACGAGUUUGGAAUCUUGCCCGAUUUGAUGAUGUUUGCUUUGCAGAGACACCAGGAGUGUCAAACAGUUGCGGUCAAGAUCCUUUGGACCAUUUUGGUGUCUGAAUAUGUCGUUAACGAUAGCUUGGAGGAAGUCGAGAAGGAGUGCUUGAUUGGAUUGUCGGACAUUUACGAAAAACACUCGUACAAACCAUCCAAGGAAGACCAAACCAGUUUUAUCGAGCGGUUGAAACUCACGGUGAGAUUGGACCGUGAGGAUGUGGCGUUUGGUGUUUUCUACGGGUUUAUUCAAAGCUUGACGGCGUUCUGCUCAACCUUGACCUACUACAACAGCGUUCCCUUUGGACCCGAGUUUGACGAGGACCGGAUGUUUCAUCAGAUCAAGUUGAAAGCACAAAUAAAGGCAGCCGGCAAACCCGAGAUGUUCAACAGUUUUGUUUGCAAAAUGUACGAUGAUCAUGUUCGCAAGAAUGAUUUCGCUCAGGCUGCGUUGAGUUUAGAAUUGUUGGCUUCGACUUAUAAAUGGGACCACCACGAGAUCGUGCCGGCAAGUUUCAGACCCAAGUUUCCGAAACAAACUUCGUUUGAAAGAAAGGAAAUCUUGUACAAGAUGAUUGCAGCCAACUUCGUCAAGGGCAACACUCUCGAGAAAGCUGCUGAUGCGUACAAUGAGUUGCUUGACGCGUAUAACGAGCACACUUAUGACUUGAAAAGCUUUGCCUAUGUCCAUAACAAGUUGUCACAGCUUUAUUUGGACUUGGAAUCGUCCGACAAGUUGGAGCCAUCGUACUUUAGGGUCGAAGCUAUUGGCACUGGGUUUCCCAUGUACAUGAGGGUAAUCUCGCAGAUAUACCAAGGGUUGCCCUAUGAACACAUCACUUCCAUCCACGAGAGACUCCUUAAGCUGUUCCCUGGUGCAAUCAUUGUCAGUGAUGAUGGCGAGGCUCAAAAAUUAAAAGAGGAGGCACCUACCGGUCGUUAUUUGCACAUCAAGGCAGUCGAGCCGGUGUGGGAGUUUUCCGACAAGUUGUUCAACACAUCCUUGGGUGUACGUCAAUAUGCACGAAACAAGGACUUGAGACGUUUUUCAAGCUUGAAAAAGAUUCCUGGCGCCACGUCUGUGUUUGAUCUUUGGACAGAGCAAACGAUUUAUGAGGCAUGGUUAUCGUUCCCAACCAUGUUCAACAGAAGCUUUAUCAAAGGGUCCGAGACCGUGAGGUUGUCGCCGUUGGACAAUGCCAUCAGGACCAUCAGUAGGAAGAACGAUGACUUGGUGGUGCUAGAAAGCUUGAUAAAUGCUGCCAUCAAGGACAAGGCGGACUUUUCUCAUCACUUUAACGACUUGUCGAGGCAAUUGAGCGGAACUGUUGACUCGCCCGUGAAUGGUGGAGUUGGUCAGUACCGUCUUUUUUUCACUGAUGCCAAAUUCCUGCAAACUGACACCGACGCAAAAAAGGCGCGGUUGCUCAAUAAUGCAUUCAACGAGUUGGCCAUCAUCUUGAACCGUUGUUUAAACUUGCAUGGCAAGUUGGUGGUGCCAAGCAUGAGAAUGGCACACGAGGCGCUAAUGGAAUUGUUUCAGGCGAAUUUCAGCGAGGAAAUCACCAAUUUGAAAUUGGCUCAGGGAGAUGAGUUGGCUCCAUCUACAAGAGUUUCGGUGUUCCAAGAGAGGCGCAAAGACAGGAAGCAGCUGCUUAGCGAAUCCUCAAUCAACGGGAACUCUUUCAGUGGCCACGGAUGGAGCAAGUCGAGCACAAACAUGUCGGUGAGCUCGGGGAGAUCCGACAACAAGCUCAGCCGCGGCGGCGGCGGCUCUGGCACGGGCACGAGCACGGGCGACUACCCCAGUACCACACCUGGAUUCACCCAGUUUUCCGGAUUAGCCAGCCGAAGCCUUGCCACGAAUGACAUUGGCGCGGGUCCUACUUCGAAUAGACACAGCGGCACCUCCAAACCAGUCAAGAAAGUCCAGCUUUCAACUGCCGUGAACGGUGGUUGGUAG